AUGGACACCUCCUUUGUACCUUACCUGAGGUUCUCCGAUGAAAACAGACAUCCUGACACUCCGGCUCUGGAGGUAACUCUCAUUGGGCCGCGAAACUUCUAUACCCUGAAUCCAACCGGGAAUUUCUUCACCUUGACUGUCAAGCGACUUGGGGAGUGCGAACCUUCCGAGAACCGGCACAAGCCAUGUUAUUUCUACUGGUCUCCGAGCACAGACGAGGGGUUUCGGGUUUUUCGCACCCAGGAAUCGGAUGCGCAGGAGCAGGAGGUGGAGGAGGUGGUGGUGGUGGUGAAGUUGGGUUCUCCCUCGCCGGCGACGCAGCAAUCGGACCAACUCCACCUAUGGUCCUUGAGCGCGGACAAAGAUUCAGUGUCGUGGGACGUCAGUCUGGGUGAAAACAUGUUCCGCAAGCUGGAAAAAAGUGAGUCGGUCACGUACGUGCUGUUUUGGCCGGGGGGGCAGGUCUAUCUGUGGGACUGGGGCACAAGCAUGGGAGACAAGGGGUUUUCUGCCCGCCGGGAGCUGGUGCCUAAGUCCACCCCAAUCGUCCUCCCAGGCGGUGCCAGAUGUGCGUUCAGUUUGGUGGAUGGCAAUGUGCCGCCGCUGCCGCCUCAACCAACGGACCCAGGUGUCAGUAGUGUUACCCCAGGUACUCCGAUCCUCCGUCUCGAGCUGGAUGCUCCAGCAACAUGGAAGGUACUGGAAAACUUACCCUUGACCAUAAAGCUCACAUAUCAUGGGGUGUCGGGAGAGGAGUCCCCACGACCGAUCACGUUCUCGGUCGGCGAUUUGUACGCGUGGGGGGUAAUGUCCGCCUAUCGGCGUCGGGGUAGUACUGGGGAAUGGGGUGCUUGGCUUAGUACUGCUGCGUGUGGUUAUCCGGGGUUUGGGGACGACGAAAUUAAGUGCACGGUGGGGACGAGCAAUGCGUUCAUGACUCUGCAGCCCCACGAGACGUGGCAUGACGUGUGGCCGCUUGAGUGUGAGCUGUCUCUACCAGCAGAUGCCCGUGUCGGAGAGGUUAUUCGAUACCGAUUCGAGGGAUGCAAGCUAGCCUGGUGGAAUUGGGGAACAUUGGAGGAUCAUAAGAAUACAAGUAUAACAUUGACUGGUCUGGGAGGAGCGAUCGUCGAUCCACCCAACAAUGACGGGCGGCCAGAGGUUAUGAUACCGGCUUCAAACCUGGUGGAAUUUACAGUCGUGGACUGA